CGUAGAUACAAAUUAGUUUAUGUCCCUGGUGGAAAUAAUGAUGUGUUAAUGGCACAUGCAUUAAGUUAUUGCCAAUUGACAUGACCACUGUCAAGGGCAAAACAAUAACAUCGAUAUGAGUCAGUUCCAAUUGUCCGCCCAACUAUUGGUUCGGACACUGACAUUGUAAUGAUUCAGAGCUCAUGACUUUUUUGUUUGCUUGUGCAUGUGUUUGCAGAUCUGAAACAAGAUGGGAAAUGGUUUAGUGAAACCCAAGCAACUGAAGGAGCAGGAAAACAACAUCCUUUCGAGCAACGCAAUGCUUCAGGGAGACUCUGGGACGGGUGCAAAUCUAAAAGCCGCAGGAGAAAUUCUCCAGGACAGAUUAUUGGAACUGGAACUGGAGAACAAAAACAAAGAUGACCAGCUGCACAGGCAGGAGAGCAAGAUACAAGAACUGCAAGAGCAGCUCAUUAGGCAGACCCAUACCAUCGCUGAAAUCACAGAAGAUUUACAAGCCAAAUGCAUCCAAGUGAACAAACUGCAGGAUGUCGUUAAAACUCAGUGUGGAGUCCUUUUUCAGUCAUCACCAUCACCACUUAGAUCUGCGAAUAGAUUUAUGAAUCAGUGCACCAGCGUGCUAAAGGACAUUGCCAACCAAAGGAGAGGAGCUAAGGAGGGAGUGUCAGCAGAACCUACCACCAGGACCUAUGACUCCAGUAAACUGCCUAUGUUCUCGUUGGAAGGAGCCAGGAUUCAAAAAGAUUCAGGGGUGAAGAAGCUCAUAACUGUGGCCUUCAACAAGAACCAGUUUCUGAAACGACUGGAGACUCAGCAUGUCCGAGACAUGGUGGAGUGUAUGUAUGAGAAAAACUACCAAGAUGGUGACUAUGUUAUUAAGCAAGGCGAACCAGGAAACCAUCUUUUUGUAUUGGCAGGCACCUCAAUGUUGAUCAAGCAUGAAUGGUGGAACUUUCCAGAUCUAAUGUGGACUAGGUCACAGACUCAGCUGACAAAUCCUCAAGCAUACAGAUCGUUAGACAUGAGAGUAAACAAACAAUUGCGUGUUGACUAUGGUUACAUGUGUGGUUACUCGUGCUGUGAUUGUCCCCUUGAAGCUGUAACCUGUGUCAAAACCUGGGUUCUGGAUCGAGAAGCCUUUCGGAAUAUUAUGAGAGGAACAGCUCAGGCCAGACAUGAGCAGUACAGAAACUUCCUCAGAAGUGUUUCUUUGCUUAAGAACUUACCAGAAGAUAAGCUUGUGAAGAUAGUAGACUGUUUGGAGGUGGAAUACUAUGAUAAAGGGGAUUAUAUCAUCCGGCAAGGUGAGGAAGGAAGUACCUUUUUCAUUUUGGCAAAGGGAAAGGUUAAAGUCACUCAGAGCACUGAGCUCCAUCUGGAACCAAAAACGAUCAAAGUCCUGCAGAGAGGAGAACACUUUGGGGAAAAAGCUCUGGUCAGUGAUGAUGUCAGGUCAGCUAACAUAAUUGCUGAUGAAAAUGGCGUGGAAUGUCUUGUCAUAGACAGAGAAACAUUCAAUCAAACAGUUGGAACAUAUGAUGAACUCCAAAACUACCUGCAGGGCUAUGUGGCAGAGUUGGCGAAAGAUGAUGAGAAGAGACAAGCCAAGCGCGGGAUAGCAAACUGGAAGUGUAGGGAAGAGAUCUCUUUAGAAAUGAUUGAGUUGAUGGAGAAGGUAGCCAAGUUUUCUCCAACAUCUCUAUUCAGGAACCUUGAAAUCAUCGCCACCUUGGGGGUAGGUGGAUUUGGGAGAGUUGAGUUGGUUAAAAUGAAGAAUGAAAAUGUGACAUUUGCUGUGAAGUGCAUAAAGAAAAAACACAUUGUCGACACAAGGCAACAAGAACACAUCCACUCAGAGAAGAAGAUUCUUGAAGAAGCUCGCUCUCCAUUUAUUGUAACACUGUUUCGCAGUUUUAAAGAUAACAAAUACGUUUACAUGCUGUUGGAGGCUUGUCUUGGAGGAGAGAUCUGGAGCAUUCUACGGGAUAGAGGCUGCUUUGAUGAGUCCACCUCAAAAUUUUGUAUUUCUUGCGUGACGGAAGCUUUUGAUUAUCUUCACCAUAUUGGAGUCAUCUACAGAGACCUGAAACCUGAGAACCUGAUGCUUGAUACUGAAGGAUACAUAAAGUUGGUUGACUUUGGAUUUGCUAAGAAAAUCGGCAGGGGUCAGAAAACGUGGACAUUUUGUGGAACACCUGAAUAUGUAGCACCUGAGAUAAUUCUGAACAAAGGCCAUGAUUUUGGUGUAGACUUCUGGUCAUUGGGAAUCCUUGUAUUUGAGCUUUUGACUGGCAGCCCACCAUUUUGUGGAUAUGAUCAGAUGUUAACCUACAACAUGAUUCUCAAAGGUGUAGAAAAAAUGGAUUUUCCCAAGAAGAUAACAAAACGACCAGAAGACAUGAUCCGUAGGCUGUGCAAACAAAAUCCAAAUGAACGUCUGGGAAAUCUGAAAAAUGGAAUAAAUGACAUUAAGAAGCACAGAUGGUUCAGUGGUUUUAACUGGGAAGGAUUAAAAACCAGGACUUUAUCAUCACCAUUAAAAAGAGAGCUUAAAGGUCCAACAGAUUAUAGAUACUUUGAUUCCUAUCCUCCAGAUAAGGAUAUUCCCCCAGAUGAGCUCUCAGGCUGGGACAAGGAUUUCUAGAUCAAUGCCAAAUCUUCAACAAGUUGUGAGAAAAAGGAUUUUUGCUGUUACUCUUACUAAUGUUCAAAAGCACCCUGGACAAUUUCCUCUAAGUAUGCAUCCUUUAAUUUUUGGCUUUGUUAACAAUCAGAAAAACAACCACAGAAGAAAGUGAACAUUAAUUUCAAAAGAGGAAAGAAGUCGUACCGUCAAUAAUAUUACCUGAAAAAAAAUGAUGAUGAAGAUUGAAAUGGCUACUGAACUGCAUUGGAACACUUGUGCAAACAUUUCCUUAGGCUUUGAAAAGUCAGCUGCACUGUUUGAAGAGGAGAAGCUCAUGUGGAAAUGUUAUGAAGCAAGAGCAAAUUGCUGCAUAAGUGCAAACAGCAGCAGGACUCGCAUUACACAGUUUUUUUCCCAUGGUAACUGUCUUCGUAUUUUAAUUGAGCCGGUUCCCUUGCCAGGUACUGAACCCACUCUGUGGUAUUUCUGAGAAGAGCUGAAUGCAAUCUUUCUGGUUCAUACUUUCUCUAGAUUUUGCACACAUCUCUGCAAUAAUGUAUAAGCUUUCAGUAACUCAUAAUACUGAACUGACUAUAUGUUCACAAUCUGACAUCUCUAUCCUAGGCCAAACAUUUGUGGCUCCUCCUUUCCAUCAGAAUGGCUUAUGCAUUGGCUAAGGUUGCACCAUUGUUUUAAAAGGGCACCAGUAGAAGACAGGGCCAGUGAACCUGGCGUCAGUUUGGGGUGAGUUACUGGAGGGGAUUCUGAGGGACAGGAUCUCUCAGCAUUCUAAUAGACAAGGAUAUCUUGUCACCAUGGAUAUGUGCAUGGGGAAAUUGUGUUUCACAAAUGUGUUCAAGUUUUUGAAGAGGUAACCAGGAGGACUGAUGAGGGCAUGAUGGUAGACAUUGCCUGUAUGGGUUUUAGCAAGGUCUUUGACAAGGUCUGCUUGAUAGGCCGAAAGGUUAAAUCACAUGGGAUCCAGGUAGAACUAGCUAGUGGGAUACAUAAUGGCUCGAUAGUAGGUAUAGAAUGUGAUGGGUUGAAGGUUGUUUUUUGGAAUGGAGGCAUGUAACUUGUGGUGUGCCUCAGGAAUCGAUGUCAGGGCCAUUGUGCUUCUUCAAUAAUUUAAAUGAUUUGUGUGAGAAUAUCACAAAGUUAGCAAGUUUGCAGAAGACAAUUUGUAGGUGGUUUCAUAGGAAAUGAAGGAGGUUUACAAAAAUUACAGUGGGAUCUUGAUCAGCCAGGUAAAUGGGAGGAGGAAUGGCAAAUGCCAUUUGACUCAGAAAAGUGAACAUUUCCAAAAUGUUACAUUUGAUUUAAAUCUUUUUAUUUGAAUUUCACAGCAAUUUGCAUACAUACAAUGAUAACAGACAGUGACAGUCAAGGCAUAAUUGUGCAACAGUAUGUAAGCGACCCUCAAAGCCCUUACCCUUACCCACCUUCAACCCACCCGAAUCAGGUCGGAACCAAACGGGGACAAACAACACUCACAUACAUACACAUCCACACAAAUAUGGUAAGAUAAACAAAACAAAAAGUACUAAAAAAAAAGGGGGUCACUAAUAACAGUAACUAAGUA